AUGAAAGCAAUAUUAUUCAUCGCUCUAAUCCUUUGUUUUGCCAAUUGCAGUCUUGAAACAAUUGGAUUAAGACACAAAUUAUCUUAAAUUAUUCAAGAACAUCAAUCAACUCUAUAAGAUAAAUAAAUGGCUGGUGGAUGGAUCAAAGUAAUAUAAGUUUAAAAAUAUUAGUAACCAUUAGAUGAAUUUGAAUAACAAAACAAUAGCAUUAUAUAAACAACUUUAGAUGCAGUUGAAGAUAAAUAUAAUUUAUCUAAAGAUGGAUAUCAAUAUGAAAAGUUGCUUCAAGUGACUACUCAAGUCGUGGCAGGAAUCAACUAUAAAGUUCUUGUUUAAUAUGAAAAAGAAGAUGUAAAAAGAAUUUUCGAAGUUCUAUAAUACGUUGUGUAUAAUUAUCCUUCUAAAUUAGUCCCUGGAACCCAUCUGCUAACUCAAUUACCAAAGUAGAAGAAAUAUCAUCAUCAAGCUAAUGAAAUAAAUUUAUAAUAUAGAAUAAUAUAAUUGUAUGAUUUUUUAUAUAG